AUGGAAGCCGCAACAACCAAGAAGUUGAACCAAAAAUCCCGCCCAAUUCCAAGGCAAGCUCUCGCCAAACCGCCGAUCCCGCCCCGUGAGCAAACCAAGUCGCGGGCGCCCAACCAACUGCACCAGGACCAGCCCACCCCACGCGGGGACCCCACCAAACAACCAAUCUCUGCAUGUGUUUCCCGACGCCGCGCGCCCAUUGGCUGGCUAGGUCGUCUGCGUCUGCUUCCCAUCGACGUCGUUCGUUUCUGCAGGAGAUUGGAUGAGUCUGCAUGUUUCAGCUGCCUAGUUACGGAUUAUCUUCACCCACACACGCAGGACCUACAUCGCUCUCUUACUACAAUAUUGUACAUAGGUACAUACCUUCGAGCCUCAUCCCCCAUGUCCCCCGUACCCCCGUACCCCCAGUCACCCCCAGUCACCCCCAGACCCCCGGCCCCGGAUGCGGCACCGGCUAUUACGAAAGCGAAAAGCGAAAAGCCGGGAGCCUGGAACCAGGAGCGGUGUGUCUCUCCACCAGAGCGCGUGCACGCGAUGAUGAUGCUGUGUACAGUACAGUACAGUACGUGGUAG